CAAAACUGAAUCUAGACAGCACUGGUGCUAUAGGUAUUUAGGUUGUGCUGUCAGUGUGUCAGCUCGACAUGAGAAAGAAACAAAGCUUGAAUUAGUUAUUUCGGUUCUGGACGGAUAUCAGGCGUUCAAAUCGACGUCGUCGGACGAGAUCACACUUCCUCUCGGUUCUCGGUUGAAAUGUUCUGCACCUCCUGAAGGAGACUCAGUACCGUUUUGAGUUGAGUCGCCUGCCCCCUUUCACGAUCGGAGGUCUCGUUUUUCUCAAAAAGACAUCGCCGAGCAUGGGCUUCGAAGUCAAUCGUUUCAGCGGCGAAGUAGACGACGAGCUACUUUGCCCCAUCUGCUCCGAAGUCCUAGAAGAUCCUCUCCAGGCACCAUCCUGUGAGCACGCAUUCUGCAGCGCUUGCAUUAGAAAAUGGAUCUCUAGACAGUCCACGUGUCCUGUCGACAGACAAGCUAUAACACAGCUUCGACCUGUGCCUCGAAUUUUGAGAAACUUUCUUUCUAGACUGAGCAUAACCUGUGACAAUGCAGUAUAUGGGUGCCAAGCAGUUUUAAAACUAGACGCGCUCAGGAGUCACGUAUCUGAAUGCGAACACAAUCCAAAGAAGCCAGUGCCAUGUGAACAAGGUUGCGGUCUUGUCAUACCGAUGGAUGAACUCAAGGAUCACAACUGCAUCCGUGAGCUGAGAGCGCUCAUCCACUCCCAGCAGCAAAAAAUUCAAGACUUCCAGCAGGAAAUAGCCGACCAGAGGUUUCAAAUUAAUGAGCAAAAAAAUGAACUUUUUAUAUUGAAGGAUUUUGUAAGAGCCAUGAGAGUGUCAAAUCCAACGAUGAGAGCAUUAGCCGAUGAAAUGGAAAGAGAUGAAGUUGUCAGAUGGUCCAACACUCUUACCAGGGCAAGAGUGACCAGAUGGGGUGGUAUGAUAUCCACUCCUGAUGAUCUUCUUCAGAGAAUGAUUAAAAGGUCGUUGGCUGAAUCUGGCUGUCCUGCUCAUAUUGUCGACAACCUUAUGGAAAAAUGUCAUGAGAUGAGUUGGCCGCCUGGGCUGAGUUCACUUGAAACAAGACAGAACAACAGGAGAGAAUACGACAGCUACAUAUGCAAACGUAUACCAGGGAAGCAGGCCGUCGUCGUAUUACAGUGCGAUAAUCCUCAUAUCAGUCAGGACAUGAUGGUGGAACCCGGUCUUGUUAUGAUAUUUGCACACGGUAUCGAAUAAAUCGAAGCGGUUUUGUGAUAGUACAUGGGUCUUGGUCAAGGUCCUGUAUGUUUUUACCUAAAAUGAUUUUUUUUUUUAUUGUGAUAAUUUAUAUAAACUGGGUAAAAUUUUGCAGGUUUGAUAAAAUUUGAAUAUUGAUUUUGGUCUUUAACAUAUAUUAAAUUGGGAAAUUGGAGGGUGGGCGGUUCUAAUUUGAUUUGAAAUUUCUAUUGUUGUAUUGUCAUAAAUCUGAACUAUUUAUUCACAAUAUUUUAAAUCAGUCAUUAAAAAAAAAUUGAAAUUUAUUCGCCUAGAAGAAAUAAUUAUAUGAAUUUAAACAAAAUUCCAAUUUCUCAUUUGAUAUAUUUUUAUUAACUUUCUCUGUUAAACAUAAACUUCCACAUUAUUAUUAUUAUUUAUUGAAGAUAUUAAGUGCUAAAAAGAGCGAGACUGAAAAUAUAAAUUUCCUAUAUGGCUGUGUAUACAUCUGUAUGCUAUAAAUUGAUUUCAUGUAAUAAUUGCUAAUGGAUCAAAAUAAUUAUUUAUUCAUUAUUUCUCAGAUUGAUUCAACAUAGCAAUUCCAUAAAUUUUAUUUAUAAACUAACUCGAUGGACUGUUGCAAUUUGGACUUAACGUUUUAAAAAAUGUAUGUUGCACUUGUUAAUUUAUGUUUUGAAUCAGAAUUUCGUUACAUUUAGGAGAAACAAGUAGCCCAAGAGUUAAAAAAAGAUUAAGGGUUUUUGUUUAAUAUUGAGGCCAAAGUAGUCAAAAUAACUUUAAAUAAUACUAUAAAAUAAUUCAAAAGAUUUGUUUCCCGAUUAAACAUUUAUCUUUUAAAAUCAGAGAAUAGUGAUAAUUGAUCCAUGAAAGUAAAUGGGAUCCGAUAUUGUAGAAAACAAAAAUGUAUCCCCUGUGGUGUAACCCGUAGAAAAAGUAGAAUAUUAAAUGAACUCAUUUUUUAUAUAUUUGUGAAUAAAAUGUAUGUGGAUAUAA